UGGCACAUUCUGGCCGUUCAUAAUACAGAUGGCUAUGAAUUCUCACACCAAAAUGGCAAUCGAUUUUGGCGAAAGAAUCGAAAUAAUAAACUAGAUAGUGACUGUGUUGGAGUGGAUUUGAAUCGCAAUCACGGAUAUAAAUGGGAUGCUGAUGGAUUCGAAAAUGAUAACUUUGGCCAGUUCGUUUCAGACUCAAAUAAGAAUAUAACAGAAUCACAUCGUUUGGAUUUGAAACGCGUUGCUCAAGAUGGUGUGAAGAAUAUGAAAAAAGUUAAUAAUCAAACGUUUUCAAUCAAUGAGAUUGUAACGGAGAAGGCAAUUGAAGAUUUAACACUUGGUUCAUCGGAAGAUUGGGCGCAAAGUAUUAGAAUUAAAUACACAUACUUGAUUGAAUUGCGUGACAGUGGUCGUUAUGGUUUUCUUUUACCUUUCAAUCAAAUUUCAAUCAAACCAUUCAUUUUAACUGUAUCGAAAGCAAUUUUCAACGAUACGAAAAAAGGAAAAUUUAAACUGACUUGA